CAAAUUAGUGUGAGAUUUCUUCCAACCUAAAAAAGCAGCAGAUGAACUAGUCCUUUGCACCCCGUGAACUGGCUGCAGAGACACACAUUUUGCUCUCGAUUGUCCCAGUAUGAAUUCCAAGCUUCUGGUCAUUCUGAGCAGCUGCCUUCUGCUCUUUGUCUUUGCUGAAUGCCAAAAAGAAAAAACUUCCAAAGCUAUAGAGAAGAAAGUCAUGAAGGAGUCAAAAACCAAAGAGUUUAAGCUUUCCAAAGCUACUAGUCAAAAGGUAAAACAGGGAACACUGAAGCUACUUGAGAAGAAAGGUCGAGUCAAACCCACUAUGGCUUCCAGACGGGGACUGCAGUCUACAUCCGUUCUGACUCGUAUGGUGGCAAAGGGGCAAUUUCAGAAGGUUGCUGAGACCUUGGUGCUAAGAGCAGGGCAAACUCUGGACCUGCGCUGCAAAGGAAAGGCGGUCAAAUGGAGAUAUCCGGUCUACCUUGAGGAAGAUGAUGAGAGGGGUCUUCGGAUCAAGGACUUUGAAAGGCACAGUCAGCUCAUUGUUGUCAACUCCACUGCUGCAGACACUGGUGAAUAUAGCUGUUGGUCCUUGCAGUGCCUGGAUAGUGAGUGUCGUGAUGGGGAGAACCGGAUAAGCAAAACAUUCAUCUUCUUUACAGAUCCGCAGGAGCUAUUUGUUCCCACAGAAGAUUACUAUGAAGUGAUACAACUGCGUACCAACCACCCCACCCUUCUGCCCUGCCAGGUGACCAAUCCGCUUGCCAAAGUUACAUUGCACCGGGAAUUUCCACCUGAGAAAAUUGCUGUAGAUGGGAUAGACAUCUCCUUUGAUGUGAAGAAAGGGUUCACAAUACACCGCCCUCACCCAUCCCUGGCAGGCUCUCUCUUCUGCAUGGCAAAUGUGAAUGGAUUACGGCAGAUCUCCACCAAAUAUAUGCUGAUUUAUGUGAACUAUCCCUCCUCAGUUCCCAAACCAGCUAUCAGACCCUCAGUAGCGUCUAUUCAGGCUGGAGACAAUUUCAAUGUCACUUGCACAGUGUUUGGGGAGCCAGAAAUUGCUGUAGAUUUCACUUGGGAAUAUCCAGGACAACAAAUUGGUAGACCACCAUAUGUCCAUGAACGCACAGAUUUGGCAAGACGUGGUGGGCAGGUGCAGCAAGAAUCUGAGAGCAUCCUCUAUAUUGAUGAAGCCCGCACUGUAGAUGAUGGGUUAUACACUUGCAUUGCGGAGAAUCUGCAAGGUUCCUCCAGGGUAUCUACUCGUGUUCGUGUGCUCCCAGCCACACCAGCUUUCAAAAAAGCAAAGACAGGGUAACCAUGCCUCAGCCUGUAGAAAGUCUCAGGUUCUGCUGGAAAUAUAAAGACUGGAAAGAUGUUUUCUCUCAUUUAUCUCUUCCCCCCCUUUGUAUGCUUAGUUUACUCAUUAAAGCAACAAGGCUUUUUUCCAA